UCAUUUCUCAGAAACAAAACUUGGAAUGAUGCCAGCAAUACAAACACAAAAAUUACACAAGAACAUGGCCCAAGAACACUGCUUGGUUGUGGCUCUAUAAAUGGAUCAUUUCCCUUGCUUGUGCUAUUGUGUUAAGACUACACGCCUCAGAGAAGCCAUGAACGGACCCAAUUUCUAUAUUCUGCUUCUUGCUGGUGUCUUGGUCAACGGGCAAGGCGUCCGAUGGGAAAACCAAUUUGACCAGCCCUUACAUUUUAACUGCCCUUCAAAACAAUCCAUCUCUUACAUAAACAGUCAGCAUAACAACGCCUAUGAAGACCGUGUGUGGGGCUUUGAGUGCACAAACACGUUUGUCAAUGAGCCCAUAUGCCACUGGUCUCCUUACGUCAAUAACUUCGACCAGGAGUUCACCUUUGAAUGCCCCAAAAACUAUGUCCUCACCGGGAUGAACAGCUAUCAUUCCAACCGCCAUGAGGACAGAAGGUGGAAGUUCUACUGCUGUCGAGCCAUCAGCUACUGUAACCUGAAGUGUCAGUGGACCCCUUACAUCAACAACUUUGAUGAGGACAUCUCUUGGCAUGUCCCUAGCCAGAACUACCUAGUUGGGGCCGGAAGCUACCAUUCCAAUCCUCAUGAAGAUCGUCGCUGGAGAUACCAGUACUGCACACAGAAGGCAUACUGCUGAUAUUACGGCUGAUUAUUCCAUUCUUGAAUUAAGAUUGCCUAUUGCCUUCUUUCUUGUGUUUCAUUUAAUUAUUUUUUCCAUUGCAUAUUCAUAUCAAGCCACUGAGUCUGAGUAGAAGUAAAAAUAAAUGUUAUAUUUUUGGGGAAAAAGAAAAGCUGCGCCUAUUUCACUUUAUGAAAAUAUAAGCUGUUGUUAGACUUUUUUGGGAGGGUACUUAGCCUUCAUUUAACUGCUGGUUUAACAAAGAAACUUCCUUCACUGACAGUCACUUUUAAGUUGCUGUAUAACUCCAAAAUGUUCACACAGAGUUCAGUACAAUUAAAUUAGAAUGUUUGAACCUUUUUCCAAGUGUGAGAACACACACAACUAGAUGGAGAACACACACAGAAAACCUACCUGAGCCUGAAACACAGAGAUGGUCUCCAGCUCCUUCUCCUUCUGAUAUAUCUCCUGCUUCAUAACAUCUAUCUGCUGUUGCUUAGCAGCCAGGGCCUUCUCUGCUGCGUCCAGUCUGGUCUGCAGGUCUCCCACCUCCUUAGUGACCAGUGGCUGGAGGCCACACAGAGGGCAACGGUCAGAUUCAUCACAUUCACCAUGCCAUACCAUUUUGACAAAGGACAAAACAGUGCAAUGUGCCAAACUAGACUGAUUUCUGUUUAACAGAGGCUAAGUAGUGUGGUCACCUCUCUGUUCUUGCUCUCUUGCUUCAACUCGUUGUAGUCCUCGAAUAGCUUGGUGUAGGCAUCCUUCAGCUGGGUCAGGUUAGUCCUGAGGAGAGGAGGAGGGGCAACUGACUCAUGAUGACUAAGGAGUAUUUGGAUAUAGAAACUCAUGGCACUGACCAGUGGAAACUGAUAGGGGGAGUGGGAUGAUUUCAAAAGAGGAGCAGGGAAUUUAUGUCCCAAGACCCCACCCAAGGGAAUGGCCUAUAGUGUCAGAGGGAGUAGGCAUAUGUCAGAGUGUGUGUGUGUGUGUGUGUGUGCAUGCUUGACUGUCGUCCCACCUCUCCUCUCCAGCCUUCCUCUGCUCUAGCUGGCUCUGGGCCUUCAUACUGUCCACCUGCAGCUUCAGUCUGUCAUUCUCACUCUGUACCUCCUGCUUCUCUACCAGCUGGGCUGUCAGAGUCACCACGUCACGCUCCACAUCCCUACAUCUACAGAGAGAGAGGGGGAUGGGGAGAUAGAGAGGGACAGAGGCAAAGCAAAAGGGUGGUAUUGGGGGAAAGGGAAUGAGCAAAGGUUAGCAUAGUUUGCACAUUUUCAUUGUCUAUGUAGCUCUCCCUCUCUCCUCUCCAUCUCUCUCACCUGUCCUGCAGGUUCUUCUUCAUGCCCUCUGCCUCGUCCAGUUUGCUCUGAGCCUGCUGUAGCUCACUAAACAGGCUCAUCAUCUGAGCCUUCAGAUCCUCCACCUCUGAUGCAGCCUGACACAUAACAGGCAACAGUCCAACAAACUGACAGUUCUGAUCGAGAAGCUAAGGGUUAGGACAUUGUAAUGGGGAAAUGUAAGAUGAAUAAAGUUAAUAUCCAGUUAAGAGUAAUUAACAAUGCUAAGCAUAUUUAUGUUCUCUUUCUGUAAUACACAUGAUUUCCAGUGUUUUAUUUGGGAAACCUUCUGGUUGAUGGUCACUAGACUUGAUACUGAAUGUUAUGAAUUGUUCAUAGCUGAUGGUGAUUGAUGCCAGACUGGAGGUACAAGGACACCGAUUGUUAUUGUAUUCUGGGACACUGUGAUUCUGUAGCAGCUGAUGUUGUGACUUCCUACAAGCCUCUCGGUGGGUGUUUACAGAACAUUGGUGCUGUGAGAUUAGAAUAUAAGGGCCUGCUUCUGUGCUGGAGGUGUCUCCCUGUUCCAACUUCUAUUAAACCACAUUGAUUUACUUUA